AUGGUGAGCUGGGAGUUUGUAGAGGAAGCUUUGAAGGGGUAUGGGUUUCCACAGAAAUUCACUCAACUGAUAAUGGCAUGUGUAUCCUCCACAAAAUUCACAGUUAAAGUAAAUGGAGGAGGUUAUGGUUAUUUCCCUGGGAGGAGGGGAUUGAGGCAAAGAGAUCCCCUAUCUCCAUUGCUAUUUGUACUGAUAAUGGAAUACUUGUCUAGGGUGCUGAAAUGUAUGAGCAAUCUAGCAGACUUCAAGUUUCAUCCUAUGUGCAAAAAUCUGAAACUUACUCACCUCAUCUUUGUGGAUGAUCUAAUGAUCUUCUGCAAAGGAAAAAAGGAAUCAGUGGCAAGGGUCAUGUAA